AUGAUAGAAAUCCUGUGUAAUCAGGUACCGACUGCUAAAGACGAGACAGUGAUAGAAAUCCUAUGUAAUAAGGUACCGACUGCUAAAGACGAGACAGUGAUAGAAAUCCUAUGUACCGUCAUAGCUGCUAAAGACGAGACAGUGAUAGAAAUCCUAUGUAAUAAGGUACCGACUGCUAAAGACGAGACAGUGAUAGAAAUCCUAUGUAAUAAGGUACCGACUGCUAAAGACGAGACAGUGAUAGAAAUCCUAUGUAAUAAGGUACCGACUGCUAAAGACGAGACAGUGAUAGAAAUCCUAUGUAAUAAGGUACCGACUGCUAAAGACGAGACAGUGAUAGAAAUCCUAUGUAAUAAGGUACCGACUGCUAAAGACGAGACAGUGAUAGAAAUCCUAUGUAAUAAGGUACCGACUGCUAAAGACGAGACAGUGAUAGAAAUCCUAUGUAAUAAGGUACCGACUGCUAAAGACGAGACAGUGAUAGAAAUCCUAUGUAAUAAGGUACCGACUGCUAAAGACGAGACAGUGAUAGAAAUCCUAUGUAAUAAGGUACCGACUGCUAAAGACGAGACAGUGAUAGAAAUCCUAUGUAAUAAGGUACCGACUGCUAAAGACGAGACAGUGAUAGAAAUCCUAUGUAAUAAGGUACCGACUGCUAAAGACGAGACAGUGAUAGAAAUCCUAUGUAAUAAGGUACCGACUGCUAAAGACGAGACAGUGAUAGAAAUCCUAUGUAAUAAGGUACCGACUGCUAAAGACGAGACAGUGAUAGAAAUCCUAUGUAAUAAGGUACCGACUGCUAAAGACGAGACAGUGAUAGAAAUCCUAUGUAAUCAGGUACCGACUGCUAAAGACGAGACAGUGAUAGAAAUCCUAUGUAAUAAGGUACCGACUGCUAAAGACGAGACAGUGAUAGAAAUCCUAUGUAAUAAGGUACCGACUGCUAAAGACGAGACAGUGAUAGAAAUCCUAUGUAAUAAGGUACCGACUGCUAAAGACGAGACAGUGAUAGAAAUCCUAUGUAAUAAGGUACCGACUGCUAAAGACGAGACAGUGAUAGAAAUCCUAUGUAAUCAGGUACCGACUGCUAAAGACGAGACAAUGAUAGAAAUCCUAUGUAAUAAGGUACCGACUGCUAAAGACGAGACAGUGAUAGAAAUCCUAUGUAAUAAGGUACCGACUGCUAAAGACGAGACAGUGAUAGAAAUUCUAUGUAAUAAGGUACCGACUGCUAAAGACGAGACAGUGAUAGAAAUCCUAUGUAAUAAGGUACCGACUGCUAAAGACGAGACAGUGAUAGAAAUCCUAUGUAAUAAGGUACCGACUGCUAAAGACGAGACAGUGAUAGAAAUCCUAUGUAAUAAGGUACCGACUGCUAAAGACGAGACAGUGAUAAAUCCUAUGAAUAAGGUACCUAUGUAA